GCAUGACCACAUGACAGAUCACCACCCCUCUAGCUGAAGCUCUAGUUGCCAAGAUGCAGACAAUCAAAACAGUGGAAACCCAAGUGCCUUUUCUAAAAGAGAGUCUGUUCACUACCACUUUCAAAGGAAGGAGGAAGAGUAGUGUUACCAACAUCCUCCGCAGACAGCAGCACUCACUGUUGAAUCAACAGCAACUGCAGCAGCAGUGUAUCUUAGAGCAUCAGCAUCCUAAACAAAUACUUCCCCCUUCAAAUGGACAAGGGCAGCAUACUCCAGAGCAUCAGCGCCUUGCUCGGUCAACCAGCAGCCCGUUAUGCAAGGCAGCUGAGCGCGCAGCAGCAGAUUGGGACGUGAAGGAGGAGCAAAAAGAGAGGAAGGAUGAGAGAGUGAGAGAGGCUGAGCAGAAGAGGGGGGGGGGUCGAGGAGUGAAUGGUAGUGAGCCCGUGGCUGUCAGUGCCAGUCUCCUCCUACUUUCAUCAUCAGCAUCAACGACGCUGGGGGAGGCAGCAUCAUCCGCACAUCUGCCUUUAACUGCGGUGGGUAAACAGCAGGGAUUAAGCAGCUCUGAAGCAGCAAAUCGAAAGCUCAGCAGAGGAGCAGCCCAGGAGGAAGCCCAGCAUGCCCAGCCUCGACCCCAGCAGCAUGGCCUGUUAGCCAAGGGUGUCCGCCUGCUCAGGAAUAUGGGAAACCAGGAGGCAAAGCAGAAGAAAGGAGGAGGAAGUGGUGGGCCAGGAGCUGGAACAACUGGAGAUGUUCCCUGUGAUGGUGAUGCUGAUGAUAGAGAUGUGGACAAAAAAUCUAGAAAGUCAUUCAGUAAGAGUAGCAAAGGAGAAAAUAAUGCAAAGAAGAAGACAAAGUCAGAGUCAAAGGGUUCUAUGUUUUCAGGCAUGAAAAUCAGAAAAAGUUUAUCCAAGUCUAAAGGUUUAUCCAAGGAUGAUGUAUUGGAAGAUGGGAGGUCUGGGCACUUUGGCAAAGGACUCAGUUCAGGUGCAGAGGCAGGUUUGUCAGCUGAUGAGAUGGGCACGACAUCAGACUUAGAAGGGGAUCUAAACCAGUUGAACAUACGCCAAUCUGUGGAAGAUGAGGCUGGUCGGAAGAUGAGCUCUGGUUCGGACGCUGAUCUUUACAGCUUCCACUCAGCAGCAGCUGAAAAUGAGGACCUUCUCUCUGACAUCCAACAGGCCAUAAGACAACAAUGUGCAGCCACUGAAGAGGCCCUGGAAAUGAUGACAUGUCAUUUAAAUGAAUGUUCAACCUCUGUUGGAGAUAAAGCCUCUCAAAAAUUCACAUCUCCCCAGCUACUAAACUGGGGUAAGGAAGCUCCCUAUUCCUCAACUCGUAGUCAAAGUAUGGUUCAAGGUCUGAACUCUGAAUAUAAGAAAUUAGAAAAUGAAAGCAAUGACACAUCUUUGUCAAGAAAUUCAUCAGGUCCAGGGUCUCUAAGUGAGAGUGGUCCAUCUUCAGCCCCAGAUACGGAAAGGAGCAGUGGCAGCCUUUUCCCAAAGACCAACAGCACAUACAGCUUCCCAGACACAACUGCCACCACCACCUCCUAUGAGAGUGCUGAGGAGCCCCAGGAUGAUCUGGAAAGUCCGGUUCAGCAUAGUCAAGGUAGGACCACACAGAGCAAAAGCCUGUGCGUGCCAAGCGUACACCUCGAUCCUGAUCCGGAAGCAGCAGGUGGGGGGACACUGUAUACUCAUAAAAGUGCCAGCAGCAUGGAUCUGUCAACGGAGAGAGGGGAGGAAGAGGAAAUUAAGAAGCAGCACUUCCUGUCGCUGAAAGGAAGGAAGAGUAGUUUGUCCAUUGGUCAGCUGACACCAGACUAUGUUUCUCAGCCUAGACGACCAUCCUCCACUUCCCCUUCUACUGUCAAACUGUACCCUCCAGUACACCCCUCCUAUGUGAAGACCACCACUAGGCAGCUCACCUCUCCAGUGGACUCCCCCCUUACCAGUCCCCAUGUACCCAGGAAAGCAGAUGCUUCUUCUCUGGAGCCUAAUGGGGGACAGUCAUUCAGGAGACGCAAACAGAGGUCCUGUUCCAUUGGUGGUCCCCUAAAUGUGUCAGCAGACUGGGAUGAACUGGAAAUGAGGUCUGGUGGUGGAGUCAAAGAGCAGGAUACACCAGAGAGGGGUUAUGCAGUGGGGACCUACUGGACUCUGGGUUCCAGGAGAGCACAGUAUGUACGCCAGGCCUCCAACACUGCAACACCCUAUCUGGAUGUAUUCUCUGGUCAUACUUUACUGGAGAGGUUGUGUGUUCAGCAUGGAGAUGGGCCCACAGAGGAGGAAGCCAAGGAACUGUGUCACCGAAUGCUAGCUCUGGGUUUGCUGCAGCCCUUCAGUGACAGCAGUGGAGAGGUUCAUACUGGCAGCCCUGUCUCACCAACGCCCUCUGUUUUUAAUGAGGAGCAGCUGUACACUUGGGCGGCUUUAGGACUUCCUGUGUCUUCUCACCUGUGGGAACUUUAUGGUGGUCGAAGCACAGGGAGAGCACAGAGCUUGAGAUUACCUUUGCAACAGUCAGCAAAAACUUCUGGUACAUUAAACUCUCAGAUAGAAUCUAACAGGUUGAAAUCAAGUCAGUCAUCAUCAGAGGAUGAAGGCCUCAUCAUCCCUCAGCUGGAGAGAACCAUCAAUGACCUGCGGUUUAAGAUUGCUGCUUUGCAAAACCAGCAGGUCUCUUUGGCGAAGGGAAGUGGAGAUAAUGUUGAAGCUCUGGGCAUGGCCCACCACAAAGCCUCUCAGAUGAGGGGCGGAUGGACGGGAAAGUCAAUCCAGGAGGUGUCCAUCCAGACCUCACCCGUGGAGGAGGGUUUUAAGUUCGAUGUGCCUUUCAGCAGAGGAUCAGGCAGCGGGUCGGCCAGUGUUUCAUCCUCAGGCCCCAAGUCUGUGGAGUGCUUUAUCUGCACAUGCCAGCAGAGGCAGCAGCAGACCAGCACUCAUCCAGUUCCUCCUCCUCCACCUGGAGUGCCCCCACCACCACCACCACCGCCACCACCUUUACCAGGUGGUGCUGUCCCCCCACCACCACCUCCCCCUCCUUUACCAGGCAUUGGGCCUUGUCCACCACCACCACCACCUCCCCCUCCUCCACCCCCAGGUUUUGGACCUCCACCUCCUCCUCCACCACCACCAGGUUUUGGACCACCACCCCCCACCUCCUCCACCCCUGGCAUGGGCCCACCUCCACCACCUCCGCCACCCGGAAUGGGCCCUCCACCACCACCACCACCCCCAGGGUUCGGCCCUCCACCACCACCAGGCCCCAUGCCUUCCAUGAUAGUCCAGGAAGCUACCUCUGCCAAGGCUGUGAUCGAGCCCCCCAGGCCAAUGAAGCCCCUCUACUGGACACGCAUACAGCUGCAUGCUAAAAAGCAAACUGAUUCACUGGUGUGGGAAAAAAUUGAGGAGCCAACUGUGGACUUUGAAGAGUUUGUAGAGCUUUUCUCUAAAAGUGCUGUAAAGGAGAAGAAAAAGCCAAUUUCAGAUACAAUCAGCAAGUCCAAGGCAAAACAGGUAGUGAAACUUUUGAGCAACAAGCGUUCGCAGGCUGUGGGUAUUCUGAUGUCCAGCAUUCAUCUUGAUAUGAAGGACAUCCAGAACGCUGUCCUUAAUAUGGACAACACUGUUGUUGAUUUGGAGACCCUACAAGCCCUUUAUGAAAAUAGAGCUCAAAAUGAUGAGAUGGACAGCAUUAUGAAGCACAUUAAAUCAACCAAAGAUAAGGAGGAUGCAAAGCCACUGGACAAGCCUGAACAGUUUCUGUUCCAGAUAUCACAAAUCCCCAAUUUCUCAGAGCGGGUGUUCUGCAUCCUGUUUCAGUCAACUUUCCAUGAAUGUAUCACCUCAGUUCUCCGAAAAAUAGAAAUCCUUCAGAGAGUUUGCAAGAAUCUCCAAACCGGUCAGUGUGUAUUGCAAGUGCUGGGCUUGGUACUGGCUUUUGGCAACUUCAUGAAUGGAGGCAACCGGACUCGAGGGCAAGCUGACGGCUUCACAUUGGACAUUCUGCCAAAACUGAAGGACGUUAAGAGCAGUGAUAACUCCCAGAGUCUUUUGUCCUACAUUGUUGCUUACUAUCUAAGGCACUUUGAUGAGGAUGCUGGCAGGGAGACAUGUGUCUACCCUCUGCCUGAGCCUCAGGACCUGUUCCAGGCCUCUCAAAUGAAGUUUGACGACUUUCAAAGAGACCUUCGCAAACUGAAGAAAGACCUCAAUGCAUGCUCAGCUGAGAUGGAGAAGGUAUGCAAGUUAUCCUCUGAGGAGAACCUCCAACCCUUUAAGAACAAGAUGGAUGAGUUUCUCAGCCAAGCUAAAACAGAGCUGGAAACACAAGAGAAACAGCUGGCAGACACUCAGAAGAUCUUCUUGGAGUUAAGUGUGUCAUUCUCAGUUAAACCCAAGGCAGGAGAGAAAGAGGUUUCUCCCAACACUUUGUUUUCUGUUUGGCAUGAGUUUUCCUCUGAUUUCAAAGACCAGUGGAAAAAACAGAACAAGUUGAUGUUAAAGGAAAGGGUGAAGAUGGCAGAGGAGAGCUUCAGACAAGCCAGAGAGAAAGCUUCCUACAAUGUGAAACCCAAACAUGCAACUGGAAUUAAAGCCAAGCUGGGUCAGAAGAUCUAAAGCAGAGAACGGAAAAUUAUCAUCAACAAGCCUAUUGCACUUGCACCGUUUGUACAAUCUGACAUGACCCAUCAGUCAUUUUCACAACUUUUAUCCAUUUCUAGUGUUUGUUUUCAAUUUUCAAUUGACUUAGAGUUGUUGUUAAUUGUUAGUUGGUCCAAAGUGGACAGGAUGUCGAUAUGACAUUAUUUGAAAGUGCAAUGAAACUCAAACUCUCCCCCACCCUUUGAUUGCACACUUAAAUGAAAUAUUUAUAACCACAUGACACCCCAGAGUUGAUAUGGUUUAAAGGCCCUAAGUCAUAUAACCAGCAAAUCUAGUAGAAUUUGUAGCAUCAUUGAGCUUUCACAGCAUUUUAUACAUAGAAUAUUUUACUUUUGGUGCAAGUCUCGGGCUGUUCGUUUACUUGGAAGACAUAAACUCUUCUUCAUAUCUCCCUGAGGAAAAGCACAGACUUUCAUAAUGUUGUAAUAUGGCGGGUAUAGAUGACCUGUCAGACAGCCAGUGCCUUAUUGCACAGUGGUCAGGUGAGUAUGUACGGUUGAGACAGGAUCUGCCAUCAAAUGGGGAAAAAAAUGAAAACUCAUUUAAUGUAGCCUUUCAGUGUUUUGUUAUUGAAUAGUUUUAUUUGUGUGUUUCAGAAUAUAGAAAUAAUUCUGUCUUUGUUCCACAAUGCCUCCUCUGUAAUUCAUCACAGUGUUAAAAUCAGAAACUGCCGUAAAUACAAAUGAUGUGAUCUGAUGUACCGUAGACCUACUUUUGUUUUGGUUCAGCAUCACUCUUAUGCCUAUGUUGUUUUAUGAUAAUUGUAUACAGUCAGUUAUGCCUUUCCUACAGCUGUAAAAGUAUGUGACCUCCUGGAUUCUGAUGAGAGCUUGUGGUGUGACGUUCAUGUGCAAUCCAACAGUUUUGUGACUGAAUAUCCCUUUCCAAGAAAAAAAAAAAGUAUUUAUUAAUUAAAAGACAUUGGAUAAUUUUAAUACAAA